CCAAUGCCAUCAUAAGGACACUUGGAAGUCUCUCUGAGAUUUCAGUCCAAGCUGGGGCCUUCAAUCCAGGGUGCAAACCUGUCCUAGAGCAUCUCUGAGUGGUAAGAUGGAUGGGGAAAGGCAGAGGUGUUCUGACACCGAAAAUGCUGCUGGAUUGGUGAAAUGAGCAAAGUGAGUCCUUGGCUACAAAUGUGGAGCUGGGCUGUGGUGGAUCCAUCUGCUCUCAGCAGUGCCUGGUGACCUUUACAAAUAACAUAGGAGUGCACAAAUCCUCCAACUGAGGAAAGUGAAAGUCCAGAGAAACUCCAAACACAGUCAAGUGAGAGACCAUCUCCCUGCAAUCUCCACUCAUAAUCUUUUCUCAGGGGAACUCACUGUGUUCUACCAGAGUGAAACAGAAAUGCUGAGGGUUUCUGAUAUCCAAGAAUAGCAGGAGAGACAUGGGAGGAGCUUAAAAAGAAAACCUCAGAACUCUUAAACACUGAAGAGUGUCUGUGUGGGUAACAGAGGAAAGUGUCUGGGAAAUGCCUUUGAUUUUGCUUACAGGCAUCUCCUCUAACCCUUCACUGUCCUUUCUCCAUGAACAGAUCCCCAUGUGCAGCACCAGCAAAUGUCCAACAGCAGCUCCAUCAGCCACUUCCUCCUGCUGGCAUUGGCAGACACGCGGCAGCUGCAGCUCCUGCACUUCUGCCUCUUGCUGGGCCUAUUUUUCUUACUGUUCUUCAUGGGAGCAGAGUACUAUCUGCUGACCAUCAUGUGCUACGACCGCUACGUGUCCAUCUGCAAACCCCUGCACUACGGGACCCUCCUGGGCAGCAGAGCUUGUGUCCACAUGGCAGCAGCUGCCUGGGCCAGUGCUUUUCUCACUGCUCUGCUGCUCACAGUCAAUACAUUUUCCCUGCCCCUGUGCCAUGGCAAUGUCCUGGGCCAGUUCUUCUGUGAAAUCCCACAGAUCCUCAAGCUCUCCUGCUCCAAAUCCUAUCUCAGGGAUUUUGGGCCCAUUGCUGUUAGUGCCUGUUUAUCAUUGUGCUGUUUUGCAUUCAUUGUUUUCUCCUAUGUGCAGAUAUUCAGAGCCGUGAUGAGGAUCCCCUCUGAGCAGGGAUGGCACAAAGCCUUUUCCACCUGCCUCCCACACCUGACUGUGGUCUCCCUGUUCAUCAGUACUGCAGUGUUUGCCUACCUGAAGCCCCCCUCCAUCUCCUCCCCAUCCCUGGAUCUGGCCCUGUCAGUUCUGUACUCAGUGGUGCCUCCAGCCCUGAACCCCCUCAUCUACAGCCUGAGGAACCAGGAGCUCAAGGCCGCAGUGUGGAGACUGAUGACUGGAUGGUUUCAGAAACAGUAA